AUGAUCGGUCUUCUUCUGGUGUCGGGCUAUGGAAUGUAUCAUUGCUACCAUAUCAUUACGCGCUUCCGGCAGUAUGAGGAGCAGACGGAUAAGGUUGCGGAGUACUUCGACACGGUAGCCCAGCGUCUCUACAGGACACGUACCACGCAAAUGGGUGCUACCAUCGCCGUCCUCAUAUCCUUCGUAACCGCAGAGCUACUCGUGUGCAUCCACAAUCAGAAACACCUCGUUGCCGCGGCGCUCUUCAACACCGCCAUCCUCUUCUUCUCUCGCACCCAGAUGGCCAACUUCUGGAACGACAGGAACCAACUCAGGGUCCCGUUCAUCGAGAAAUUCAACGAAGCGAUCGAGGGCAGCGAGAUCGUGGUCAAGGUGCUGGGGUGGCUUUGUGGGGCAUGGUUCGUCGCGGGCUUCCUCUGGUUAUGCGGGAUGUAG